GUUGAGACCGUCUUCCAUGAAUUUGGCCAUGCCCUUCAGCAUAUGUUAACCAAGCAAGAUGAGGGGCUUGUUUCUGGCUCUAAAGGGAUAGAAUGGGAUGCUGUUGAAUUACCUUCUCAGUUUAUGGAAAAUUGGUGUUACCAAAGGGAUACUUUAAUGAGCAUUGCCAAGCACUAUGAAACUGGAGAGUGUCUGCCUGAAGAAGUAUGUUCAAAGCUCCUUUCAGCAAGGACUUUUCGUGCAGGUUCAGAGCUCCUUCGUCAGCUACGCUUUGCUAGUGUAGAUAUGGAGCUCCAUACAAACUAUAUUCCAGGUGGAUCAGAAACUGUCUAUGACAUUGAUCAAAGAGUGGGUAGAAGGACGCAUGCAAUCCCCUUGCUACCAGAGGAUAGGUUCCUAUGUAGUUUGAGCCAUAUAUUUUCAGAUCAAUAUGCAGCUGGAUACUACAGCUACCAGUGGGCAGAGGUGUUAUCUUUUGAUGCCUUUUCAGCAUUUGAGGAGGCUGGCUUGGAUAAUGAUACGGUUAUUAGAGAAAAGGGCCUGAAAUUUCGAGACACUGUACUUGCUUUUGGUGGUGGAAAAUCACCCCUUGAGGUUUUCAUUGAGUUUCGAGGGCGUGAACCUUCACCAGAGGCAAUGCUCAGAUACAAUGGUCUACUACAAUCUUCAGCUGCUACCAAAGUGUAAGCGAGAAAUACCAUUUGGUAAACUGCUAUAAGACUGAGAUGCUGUGGUAGUGAAAAUAAGUGGUUGAUUAUUAUUUUUUACAAGCCCUUGCUGAUCCAAGGCUGAUAUUUAUUGUCAUGUCAUUCCAGAUCUCGGUUGUAUAGCAGUUGCAUUAACAGUUAUAAAUAAAUAAGCUUCAUAUA